UGUCUUUCGUCACCAUGACAAUAGGCAGCAACUUUCGGGUGGGAGUUCGCGCGUGACCCUUUGAGAUCCGUCUGUACGUCCAUCGGUCUGUCCCCCUUCGUCUGGGUCACCCGAGGAGGUUUGCGCUUUGACGCGGCUCGUCCAACCCGCCCUUUCCGUGAAAUGGCGUCCCGGCGACCGGACAGCUUCGACGGACUCGGAUACCGUCACGGCGGCGGGAGUGAGGCGCCCUACUCGAUGCAGCAGCCACAGCACCUCCACUGGGUGACCACGCCACCGGACAUCCCUGGCAGCCGAAACCUGCACACCGGAGAUCGGACGCCGUUGUACGAGGGAGGAGCCGCGGGGGAACGCGACUGGGACACCGGCCCGCAACAACCUCCGCCACCGCCGCCCCCUCCUGAACAGCUGAACCGACUCACCGGUUUCGGGAUCGGACUCGUCAGUCUGUUUGCAGAGAAUGUGCUGACCCAUCCCUGCGUGGUCUUUCGCCGCCAGUGUCAGGUCAACUACCACGCGCGCUGCUACCACCUGACGCCCUUUGGCGCCCUGGCCGUCAUGUACGCCAUCAGCAAGGCGCAGGGUCCCCGGGCGCUGUGGAAGGGUCUGGGCAGCACCUUUGUGGUCCACGGCGUGACGCUGGGAGCCGAGGGAAUCAUCGGCGAGUUCACGCCCUUGCCGCGGGAGAUGCCUCAGCGCUGGAACGCCAAAGAGCUGGCCGCUCACUUCCUGCUGAAAGGUUUGGCGGCGCUGGCGGCACUUCCUUUCUAUUGCGCCAGCCUCAUCGAGACGGUCCAGAGCGAGAUCGUGCGCGACGAGUCGUCGUCGGGGCUGCUGGACUGCGUGCGAGAAGGCGCGGCCCGCCUGCUGGGCGCCGGCGCCCCCCAUAGCCGACGUCUGCUGCCCCUGAGCUGCCUGCUACUGCCGGCGGCGGGCCUGGCCGUCCUGCGCUACGCCGCGGGUACCGCCGUGCAGCGCGCAGCUCUCUGGCUGCAUCGGCGCCGGCGGAGGAAGGACGAGGAGGAGCGGCGGGGGGAGCCCGGCCCGAGCCCGACCGAGACGCUGGAUGCCCACUUCCCCGAGCUGGCGGCGGCCUGGCUGGGCUCGCUGGCGGCCGAGGCGCUGGCCUUCCCGCUCGAGACCACGCUGCACCGGCUGAGCCUGCAGGGGACCCGCACCAUCAUCGACGCCACGGACGGCGGCGGCGCCGACGGCCCGCUGGUCCUGCCCGUCAACACGCAGUACGACGGCACCGCCGACUGCUUCCGCACCAUCCGGCGCAAGGAGGGCCCGGCCGGCUUCUACCGCGGCUUCGGGGCGCUGACUGCCCAGUUUGCGCUGCACGGCGCUCUGCUGGCCGCCGCCCGGACAAUUUUCCGCCUGCUACUGCUGCAAAGGGCCCGGGCCGCCUAGAAGACUGCUUUUUCCCCACUUUUGCCACCCGACUUGUCGUCCGCCGGAAGCAGAAAACGCUGAAAAUAUCCCUUCCAAAGGGCAGGUAUCAUCAUUCGGAACACAAAAAAAAGAAUCUGCAUAGUUGUACAUAGCGAUUAAUAGGAUUAGUUUGGUGGCAAACCUGGAUGAUGACACUUCCUGUGUGUGUGCACGCAUGCCACCUUGUUAUUUGUACAAAGCUGUUAUCUGACCAAAAUAGAAAAGUAACAUUAAAUUAUUGUCUGCUGGAAAAUAUUCCAAUUGAAAACGAUGUGUCUGGCUUUCCAUUUUGUUGCUUACAUGAUGUCACUAGAAAAUGCCAUUUCUGGAGAAGUGUUGGUUGGUAUAUCGGGUCACUUAUUGAUUUUGGGGUCACUUCCUGUUAAUUUUUUGGAGAUCUUAAUCGGAAAUGAUAGGCGUGAAUGGAAGUUUUUUUUGUGCAGUUACCGUAAUUUUCGGACUAUAAGCCGCUACUUUUUUCCUUCAUUUUGAAUUCUGCAGCUUAUUUGAAGAGUUAUUUGGGUUAAUAGGUAACAAUUUAUUACAAAAGGCCAUCAUAACAUUGUCAUAAAACCGUCAUUCAUA